AUGCCCUCAAAUAUCCAGGUCUUUGUGAAGUGGAAGGACCAGACAAUAUUUGCAGGGGAGAAUGUGGAAUGCACUAUCACCUUCAAGAACGUCGCAAAGACUGAAUCUGAAGCCAGCAAUCUUGAGGGCGGCCAGCACCAGCGGAAGGUAUCUCGAGUCGCGAACCACGUAGGGAACCACACAGGCAAAUCCAACUCCGACUCCUUUUUCUCUUUCAAAAAUCCUCAAAGUCUCUUUUCAGGACGACGAUCGUACUCCAUCAGUUCGCAGAGGAAGCCGCAGCGUACAGUGUCGUCCCUGAGCUCCCCACUCGUCGCCUCACACAGCUUCCCCCAAGUAGUAGCCCCUCUACUCCCCGAGGAUGGCAACCGGGCGACAGACACAAACGAUCCGUGUCAAUUCUUUCUAUUGAUAGCGAAAUUAAACCUUCAAACGCUUCUUCUCCGCAGCCGCCCAGGAGUCACGGGCGCUCGGCGAGUCUCCAAAUCACCCCCAGGAGGCACGAUAGCUAUGAUGAUUCUUAUAGAAAAGAGGCUAACGUUGGCUGUAUAUACAGUGGCAAGAACUCCCGUUCUCCCUUUUUCACUUGAAGAGUCGCCAAACGAGUCCACGCCCGGCAAUCUCAAGGUCGACACUACCCAUUUCGAUAGAUCCAGCCGUCUGGGAUCCAAUGGCAUCAGUCCUCUCGCUCCAAAUGAGCCAUCACGUCCUCCAUACCGACGACCAAAACCGCCUCAGUUCGAUUUCAAGUUUCCGUCUGCCCCUCCAACAACCGACCCUCACUAUCGCCCCGCUCUGACUCCCUCGCCCACAUCAGCCGAAAGCACCGUUUUUCCAGGAAAGAGUCCAUCCAGAGAUGCGUUGGGGCUGUCUACUCCGGCACAUCAACAACUCGCCCGAGUAAUAUCGGCCAACAGCGUGAAUGGAAGUCGCAGUAGUGGCGAGUUCUAUUCUGCCAGCGAUCAUUCCACCGAGACAUUGGCCUCUGAAUAUACCAAUUACUCGAGCCAGGGAGCACGGGCACCACCUCCAGCGCGACAUGCACGUCAUUACUCAAGCGUUGUGGCAUCGCCGACCAGACUAACCGAUAAUAAUAAUAAUCAGUCACUCCUAAUGGGUUAUGCGCAAAUCAGCGCUUCCUUCACCGUUGAUGGGUCUUUGUCUUUGACGAAGUCAAAAGGAAGGAGAGUUAUGGGUGGCCACCCAGGCACAGGUGGACUACCAGGACGGCCAAGCCAAGCCAGCUCUGAGCGCCGCAAAGGUGGUGGCUUUUGGGGAGCGCUGAAGUGGAACGCCAUAGAGGAGUCCAUCAAUGGACUAAUUUCCAACAAUGAGCUUGACGGUCUUCGAGAAAUGCGUGGAGUUGCCUCGUCACGCUCCAUCCCUUUGCUAUCUACUCCACAAUCGCUUCUUUUUGUCGACUUACGACUUGCACCGGGGGAGGAACAGUCAUAUUCCUUCUCUUUCAGUCUACCCAGAGGACUUCCAGCAAGUCACAAAGGCAAGGCCAUUAAGAUUGCCUACAACCUGGUCAUUGGUACGCAGCGACCAAGCGGGCCGAACGAGGCCCAAAGAGUCAAUCGUAUAAAUAUCCCCUUUCGGGUAUAUAGCGGCGUCAAUGAGAAGGGAGAUGUUCUUGGUCAUGAUUUGAUGUCACCAUAUGUGCUUCUGCGAGAUGAAGCCAAAGUUCACAAAGUCGGGUCAAAUACAACUCUGGAUUUGAAAACCCCAAGCAUCGGCGGGCAAUGGCACUCGGCAGGAGAUUUUCUUUCUUAUGUGGAUGAAAUCCUGGACCAGCGUGCACGCUCCAAUCUUUUAUACCCCCCAGGGGUUGUGCCCGAGAGACAGCCAAGUUAUGAUGGACUUCCACAUGCAUUAUCAUGUAAAGACAUCAUCGACUUUGCAAUCCUCCGCAGCAACCAGGCAGCGCAGUCACGGCGCAGCCCAAAUCGAUUCGAAAUUGCUCGCGACGGGCAGCGUAUUGCCGUGGUGGUAUUGAAUCGGCCAGUUCACCGGCUUGGAGAAACCAUUAUCGCCACUGUGGAUUUCGACAAGGCUUCUAUCCCAUGUUACGCCGUGAGAGCCUCACUUGAGACGUCGGAAAAAAUUGUCCCCACUCUGGCCGUUCGAUCAGUCGCAAGCAUUCAUCGAACAACGCGACGAAUCCAUGCAUCCUUGUUCGAGAAUACGCUUUACGCAACUCGCGUAGUCUUUAGCCCUGCCAUCCCUAUUUCUGCGACACCUACAAUCCUAACUAGUGGUGUGACACUUGACUGGGACUUGCGGUUCGAGUUCGUUACUCCAAACGUACCUAACGAGCAGGGAUCUGGGCUGUCUGGGACCCAGCUACUUGAAACUAUAUCGUCGGAUGAUCGAGGAAAAGUGAUGUCUGCGAUAGAGCAUCUAGGCUGUGAAUCCUUUGAAAUUUCUAUUCCCCUCACGGUAUACGGCGAGACUGUGCGAGAACCUUUACCUGAAGAGAAAGAGGGCUAUCCUAUUUGA